AUGAUGUGCUCCAAAGACGAGGGAAAAGCCAGCGGCUGGACAGAAGUGGGGGUAACCUGCAGCCACUGGAGUUUUAAAAAUGGGAAUGAAGUAAUACAAUUCAUACUUCAGAAAGAUCAUGCAAGCUGCUGUUCAGUGGAUACACUUUGGGGACAAGAACAGUCAGGAAGAUCAGCAAAAUUGCCUUAUGUCAGUGAAAAUGCAGCAAAAAUGCUUGCAGCAGAGAUGUCUCUGGCAAAGAUGCUUAUAGGGAAAAGUACCUGGAACUGUGGUGAGCAGUCUGAGAACAUGCUAAAGCUCUUCUUGUUGGGGAUGGUGAGUACAAUUGAUGGACAGAGACUUGUGAAGAGUUGGAACACUUGGGACAUCACCUUGUGGUCUGUGCUGUCAGAAUUCCUUAAGAAACUAGAGAAAAACAAGAUCAGCAAAAAUGUACAAGUUGAGUUGCUGGAAGCCAAAUCAGGAGCCAAAUGUGCUGUCAAGGAAGACGGAGGUGGAACAUGGGCCCUGAGAACUGAGAAACAAGAUUACGCAGUUACCUGGGGCUCACUGCGAGAUAAGGAAAUGAGGCUGAAAGAGGAAAAGAAAAGAAAGAAACUUGUCCAGAGUGAAACAGCUUAUGGAGCAGAGCCAGGAUGGGGACGGAGGCUGUCUGAUUUCACUGAGCUGACUUUAACAGAAGACAAUGGUCUAAAUGACGACGUUUGGUUAAUGAGUUACCAUUUCGAAGGAAAUGCAUCUACUACCACAACUGUGAUUGACAGCAAAAAUGGAUCUGUGCCCAAGUCCCCUGGGAAGGUGGUGAAGAGGACGGUCACAGAAGACAUAGUGACCACAUUCAGCUCGCCAGCCGCCUGGCUUCUGGUCAUUGCUCUGAUCAUCACAUGGUCAGCUGUUGCCAUUGUUAUGUUUGACUUAGUGGAUUACAGAAACUUGUCAGCAAGCUCUAUUUCCAAGAUUGGCUCAGAUCCUCUAAAACUUGUACAUGAUGCUGUGGAGGAAACCACGGACUGGGUCUAUGGCUUCUUUUCUUUGUUGUCUGACAUCAUCUCAUCUGAUGGCGAUGAAGAAGAUGAUGAUGGAGACGAGGACACUGAUAAAGGAGAAAUAGAGGAGCCGCCCUUGAAAAAAAAAGAAAUACACAAAGAUAAGAUUGAAAAACAGGAGAAACCUGAAAGAAAAAUACAAACUAAAGUUACACACAGAGAAAAAGAAAAAGUAAAAGACAAAGAAAAACCUGAAAAGAAAGCAACUCACAAGGAAAAAAUAGAGAGAAAAGAAAAACCAGAAACAAAGACAGUGACAAAAGAAGAGAAGAAAGCUAAGACUAAAGAGAAGACUGAAGAAAAGACUAAAAAGGAAGUGAAAGGUGGGAAACAGGAGAAAGUGAAGCCAACAGCUGCGAAAGUAAAAGAAGUUCAGAAAACAUCGGCAAAACCCAAAGAAAAGGACAGGAAAGAGACCGCAGCUGUAUCCAAGCACGAACAGAAAGAUCAGUAUGCAUUCUGUCGAUAUAUGAUUGACAUAUUUGUCCAUGGGGAUUUAAAACCAGGACAAAGCCCAGCCAUACCACCUCCAUUACCAACAGAACAAGCUUCCAGACCCACUCUGGCAUCACCUACUCUUGAAGAUUCUAUAUUGGUGACCGUGAGCUUCCAGAAGGAUGUCGAGCUUCGUAUCCUGGAAAUCAAGCCAGAAAAUGUAGGGGCAAAUGGGCAAGGAUAUGCCUUAUAA